AUGUCGAAUGAAAUGGCGGUUGGUGAUAAGGUGUCAAAGGAUACUACUGUUUGUAGUGAUGAGGUUGUAGAAGAGGCUAUACAUACUGAACAGGCUUCACAACCCUCCUCGGAAGCUUUGAUGGAGGGAUCUCAGGAAGAAGCCAAGCCUGAAGAAGAAUCAAGCACAUCAAAUACUAAACUAUCUGAUGAUACAAAUGAAAAGAAAGAUGAUGAUGACCAAAAAUGCAAAAAGCGCAGGGCGUCUGCUGCCUUCAGUGAUGAACCAGACACAGAGUUUAAGGGAUUUGAACAGAGUGACUGUGACCUAACAGAGUUCAAUAAGAUUGUUGACGAGGAUUGGAAAUUUUUACGGAGAUAUUCAACAGAUGAAGACUUUAAGGGGUUUGAGUCUAUUGAAAAUAGCAGCUUGUCUGCUUAUUCUCAAAUUUUAGAUAAUUGGCAGGCUCAAGUAUCAGAGGCUGUAAAGCUUGUGACUCCGUUGAGAAAAGUUUUGACCUUAACAUUGAAGAUUCCAAAACAACCCAGACAAGACACAGAUAGUUCAAGACCAUCAUCAGCCCUAUCUUCAACAUCUGAAGGAGACGGAGCAACAGAUGCCUCCUCGUCCCCGGCCAACCGCGGUCGGCGACCCACAGUGGAGAUGUCUUCGCCGCUGCUGCGCGUGCCCUUGGAGCGAGGCUGGAAGCGGGAGCUCGUUUACCGCGCUGCGCUCGAUGCGCACUCGCGCCGCAACGCCGACAUCUACUACUACAUGCCAGGCGGGAAGAAGCUCCGGUCCACCAGAGAGGUGGCCGAAAACCUGUCGGGAAGCGGUCUCACUCUGGAGAACUUUUCGUUCUUCAAGGAACCUCUCGGUAUAGAUGACCCCGAAAAGGAAAUCAUUCGCGACGCCAAAGUGAUCCGUCGCAUGGAAUCUCCGGUGCCGCCGCCGACUCAGACGGUGGCGGACCUCAAGCGCACUCCCAAACCGACCAAAGGGGCCAGCCCCGAGCCCGCGGUGAAGUCGCCGCCCGCCAAAAUCAAGGUGAAGUCGAUCGGGUCCCGCCUCAACAACAACAGCGCUCCCUCCUCUCCGGCGACUCCGAAGCAGCCCAGACGCACAUCUCAGACGCAGCAUCCCGCGGACAACAACAACACGGCUUGGAAGAAACCUAGUGGAGAGUUAUUGUCGAGCGAUGCAGAGGCUCGGACUCCGUCACCGACGCGAAGCGAAGCGACCCGAACGAAAGCACGAAGUGUUUUUAAUGUACGCACGUCCGAAUUAAACGUUCGUAAAAUGCGGGGUCGCGUCGCUCCGUGUCGGUGGCGGUGUGCGCUCGUGCCUCGGGCAGUGGUGGAGAGAUGUGUGGCCGCAGGACGGCGCAGGCGCAGCUCGCCCGGCCUUCGCACGUCGACAAGCACGCUCAGGUAA